GGGAGCAGCGUGCCGACAGCUGCAGUGCAGAGGCGGACGCGGCCAUCUCCUCAGCGGGGGAGGCGGGGCGGCCCCAGAAAUGAAAUGCUAUGAAUAGCAAAUCCAGAAUUUCUAAGGCUGAUGUCCUUGCAUGCCUAUGAGAAGAGUAUGUCACAGAGGAGACAAUAAGCCACAACUGCUAGGAGUUGAGCCUGCCCUCUGAGCAGGAUUCAGUACAGCAGAGGCAGGCAGUGAAGGAAGAUGUGUCUGCAAGGAACAAUGCAGAACCUUUUGAGCUCCUGCUGUCAGACUUACCCUAACAUAUGACUCGUUUCAAAUUGCUGUUUGAAAUUCAGCAGGAGGUAUGAUGUACUCCAGGGCUGAUGCGCUGUUAGUGCAGUGCAAUGUAUUUUCUUCUAAUCAAUUCUCUUAUAUUGUCGUAUGCAUUUCUAUCCUAGUAAUAGAAUGCUGGUGCACAGUGCAACUUAGUUGUACAAAGAUUCAAGGAUAUAUAUUUUUGUUGUUUUAACACAGAGUGUUUCAUUUUUAUGAUUGGUAUUGUGUGCUGGGAACAGAUAAAGUUUGUAGAACAGUGAGAGAGGAUGAGUGCCUGCUGUUAUUGCUGCUAUUGACUGAGCCCAACUUCUGCUGCUCAGUUGCACUUGGAAGCUUUGCUGUUGCUCUUUCUUACUUCUAAGCACUCCUAAUCCUUCUUAUUAUAUUCUCAUUCUCUGCUGCAUCGGUUUCAUUUUGGCCUAAUGCUGGUAAACCUUUGUCUUUGUGGGAUCUUUGAAACCAAUAUUUAUGGUGAGAACAGUUAAGUUAUGCUUAAGUUCUGCUUAAAACAUUUUUUUUUCUUCCAUUCAAAUAUUGGAAAGAGAGAUUGAUCUGACUUCCAGACUGCACUUUACAGGGGUUGCUGCUUUUGUUUUGCAGAUGUCCGGCCUUAUCUCACCUAAAAAGUCUUAGUUCACAUCAGCUUUCUAAGACACCACUGGGAUCUGCAGUUAAGGUGGAUCCCUUGUUCAGGAUGGGUGGCAACGCUUUGAUGAAGUGAUGAGGGUUCUGGGCUACAGCAGUCUAUAUAAUCUUCACUUGUUCUAAUUGUUUUAAUUUGUAGGCUUCCAAUGGUGAGGAUGUGUCCUGAAAUAGAGUGACAUAUUGCGAUUCCUCAACAGUGAGAUAAAGGCACGUAGGACUGUCCCAGGACCUUUAGUAAGAUGGUGAGAGACAGACCUCCAGAGCUUUGUUCUGCUGUUUAAUAACCACUCUGAGGCUGGUGACUUCUCAGCUUGGUGUCUGUCUGAGUUUGGCUGUAUUUUGAAUGCUACUAACAAAGCAUACCAAGAUUGAAAUGAGUAUAGGAAAGAUGUCACAUAAGCAGUAGAGAUUUCUUCAAGGAAGAUGACCAAGAGGAUAUCUGGGGUAGAGAAUAAGAGCAGGAAAAGCGUAUAAAAUGUCUCACCAGAAUGCUCAUACUGCCUUCAGCAAUCUGUGAACUGAAGGCUUCUUAAACUAAAGGUGAAAUGUUUGUAUGCAGCUCUUUAAUGGAUUUUUAAUUGUUAUUUAUUCUAAUGAAUUUGUGAAAUCAGUUUACGAAUCUCUGUAAGCAUCUGUAAGCUAGCAGUUUCUCUGAAGUUCCUUUUGCUUACUGUGGGUUGGUCUCCUGAUGAACACACAGGUGAACCGGGCGGAUGCAUUUGAUGUAAGGCUCUGCCUGACUGAUAGGUUGCAACAUCGGGCAUUGCACUGGAAUAAUUUUCAUGCAGACUUUCCCCCUAAGUUUAUUACUGUUGCCUGUCAUAGUCACGCAUCUCUGCUGGUCUAGAUGUUCAUGUCAGUUCAAUAGUUGCUGCUAUAUUACAUCAGUUUUCUUGCAAGCUGCCUUAAAAUUAAAGAGACCGUUUAACCACGUGUGCUAUUCACUGAAGCUGUCUAGAUGCCAAACAGAAGGAACAUAUAGCAGAGCAGUGUGUCGGAAUACUUAGUGAGGCCUGUUAAGCAUGGAUUUUUUUUGGAUAUAUAUAUAUAUUUUUUAAGGACCAAGACUAAAUUUAAAAAACACUACACAUUCUCCAGCAUGGGCUGGAAGAGACAGCAGUAUGCAAGAGCUGAUUUCACACUUCUGGAUGCUGAGGUUGGCCAAGAGACAGGAUUUGGCUCUGUUAUUGUCACUGUUUCUUUCUCACACCUGCUUUCAUUCUCCUUCACAUGCUGUUUCUAGGAAGCCAGUUUCACAGUGUCAUAGGCUUCCUCAGCACUCUUCCUUCUCUUCUUGGGAUAUGGAUACAAUUAUUUCCUGGAAAAUAGUACAUUUCCUACAGGAAGAAGACAAUCUGAAAGUUUUUGUCUUCCCAGCCACUGUCUUCCAAGUUACGUGGCUUUGCAUUCUGCAGUCUCUACAUCUUAAAUCUAAAAGUGACAAAGAUGUUUCAGAGUUCACAUGCUUGGUUACCACUGGAAUCAGAAACAGCCUUACCGGAAGUUAAGACAGCUAUUAUUCUUCCAUCUCCAUUCCAGGUCCCCUUGACACCACUUAACAUUUAACAUACAGAGGUGAUGCUCUGUGCUGUGUGUUGGGGAAGAGGCGGUAGUGCCCCAUGACCACCUUUCACCACCUCAUUUCUGUAGCUACACCAGCAAAUUCAGGCCUAGCAGGGGGCUGGCAACAGACUUAGAUGCUGGUCAAACAAUAUUUACACUGUAUUUAAUUGAUUUUUAGAUUGAAUUGAAGUACUGCAUAACAAAUUUGCACUUACCUUUGCAUAGAAAACAUAAAUUCCACCGCUUCUUUGGCCCUUUCUCUGUGAUGCUUCUGGAGAUCUUGAUUAACGUGUUAUAUUUUUGUCAUGGCUGUAGGCAGUGCUUCAAUGUUACUCUGAUAAACCCUCAGUCAAAGUAUGCCUGAGCUUAUUUCUGCAGUGUUAACGCUGCCUCAGGAUCAGAUUUUUGGUAUGUUAUCACUGCUUUGUGCUGCUCCUGCUAUCUAAAACAGUUUGAAAUUUGUCUCAGGCUAUAAUUAAAUUGGAUUUUUGUUUGGCUGCACCACUGUGGCUGUACCAGAGCAUAUCAAUAAACUUUGUUAUGUAAUUCUUUACCACCAAAUGGCUGCUAUUCAUGGUAGUGCCCCAGGAGGAUUUCAUUCUGUUUCAAAGCCACUAAAGCUUUCUGUGACUCCUUGAAUUACAAACAUACUGGGGUUUUUUUUGUGCACACUUCUUAUAACAUUGAUAAAGAAAAUUGCUAUAUUCAGAACCGCAGCAAGCAGCUCUGUCUUGCCUAGCUGUGGAUACUGUCUGUCUUCUGAAAUUAUUCCUUCACACUACUUUACACCACUGCUUACUGGACCAAAAUCUUAACAUGCACAUGUGGCAUCAAUGCAUACAUCAUGCCUCAUGCUUUUUAGGUAUAUUGCUUCCAACAAGUGACAAAUAAUGCAUAACUGUGGAAAACUCUCAAACUCCUUUCUGUCUUUGUUGCUACUGCCAACAACCCGUUGUGGAGCUCCAGUUGACUCUGUACCACCUACGGGCCAGAGCUGCACUGUGCUGUGCUUGCCCUCAUGAAGUGAUGCCGAGAGACUUUCAUGUGCGUGCCUCUGUACAUGUAUGUUAAUGUGCUUUUGUAUUCUUGUAGCAUUAAGGGUUUAGGACAGCCUAUAAUUAAAUGGCUUUUCUUUAAAUAAUAGAGAACAGCCAGCCACAGGAGAGAUUUUGGGAGGAUUCUCUGUCUUGUACAGCCUGCAGUGAGGUGCUGUGCACUCGCCUCCCAGCACAUGCGUAGCUCAUAGGGAGUGUGGGGCUGGUCAGUUCAACUGUUCUGGCUAGUGUGAAGGAGCCUGGGAAUGGCAUUAGAAUUACUCAUUAGGAGGAAGAAAAAAAAAAUGUUCUGCUGCCAAACACAGUGUGUAUUUUUUUCACUGGAGAGUUUUCCAGAUUCUUACUGCCCUCAGUAGCUGGAGGCUGAAAGAGCUGCUACCCCAUACAGAUACAGGACUCUAUGGGAAUUCAAAGCAUUUCACAGCAUCUUUUCUUCUGAAAUUUCUUUACAAUUCAGUUUCCUUCCUAUUUCUCUUUUAUCAUUUUGAUUGUACUCUAUCAGAUGUUGAAUUGCAUGAACAUUUCUCAAAAGCCCUCUUACUGCACUGUAGUCAGCUGGUUGGUUCUUCCACUGUUAUCUUCUAUUUCUAGAACAACAUAUUCUUUUGAGGUGUUGCGUAUAUUUUCAUGUUUGAUCAUCCUCUGUGUCUUGAACUUCAUGACAUAUUUCUGUCUGCUGCUUCCUUGUGCAUACUGCAUGCUAGUCAUUUCCUGUCCUUCCUUCUUGGUCCUUUUAUUGCUGGGGAAUUUUCUCUGCUUGAGCUCAUAAUUCACUGGGGACUUUCUUCAUUUUUUUUGGCCUGAAGAAGUGUGGUGGUCUUUUAUUCUCAUUCGGUAUUUAUGAUGUUAACCUUAUUUAACUCUGCAGUCAGAGUGCUGCAGUAACACUCAUUUUUAGGAAGGGAAAUAUGGAAUAUCUUUAGGGAAGGAAGAUAGAAUGGUGAAGAAAGCUUAAUAAAAGAUCCGUGCAGUCUGGCCUACUUCUAAAGCAAGCAAAGAAUUUUAGACGAAAAGGCAAAAUGCAUUAGGAAGAUCUUCUAUUAGUCCUGUUUCAAAUUAAUUUUCUUCUAGGGCAGUGGAGCUAAUGUGUAUGUGAAAGUCAAUUUUGUAGAAGAAUUGUAAUAAAAAAAAAAUUGAAGCAAAAUUAAUUUCAGAGUACACUAUCUGGAGAUCCUAUAAAAGCAGGGAAAAGAGGCAUGAGGUAGAAUGCAAACACUACAGCAGUAAGAUAUUUUUCUGUAUCUUAAUUUGAUAAUUUUUUGCAGUGCAUAUGCUGUGGGCAGGUCUAAUUUAUAGAUGGCUGAAGCCCUUUCUAACCAUCCCUAUCUUCUUUGCUUGGCUGUUCAUCACAGUGUUAGUUCUGUAAUCCUGGCUCCCUAAAGGCCCUUCUACCCUAUUCAGAUGCUUUUAGGCUUAUUGAAUGCAAUUCCUGGCAAACCCCUCUGAUUUGUGUUGGAUGCCAUCCAAUGAAAACCAUAAAAACUGCCCAUGUUGCAGCUGGUCCCUUAAAACAAGACCUUUUUGCCGGGUAACUGUAACAGCUCUUGCAGCAUUUGGCAUGAGAUUCUCCUUGACUUUUUGGCUGUCAGGCACAAGAGCACUGGACUCUUGCAUGGUAUUGCUGGUAACUGUCACCUUUUUAGUUUGUGCUGCUGACCUGAAGCAUGGUUGCGUCUCCCAACUGUAUGCAUCGAUUGAGCUCAGGUAUCUUCAAGAUAAAUGGCUCAUUUAAAUUGGGAGCUACUAAAAUACUCUCUGGCUGGCAAAUGCAGUGCCUAGCAGCAGUCAUCAAGGACGAACCAAACAUGAGUGGAGGAGGGGAGCAGGUCGACAUCCUUCCGGCCAAUUACGUGGUCAAAGAUCGCUGGAAAGUGUUGAAGAAGAUUGGUGGUGGAGGCUUUGGGGAAAUUUAUGAGGCAAUGGAUCUGCUUACCCGGGAGAAUGUGGCCUUGAAGGUGGAAUCAGCUCAGCAGCCCAAGCAAGUUCUCAAGAUGGAAGUGGCUGUGCUGAAGAAGCUGCAAGGGAAGGAUCAUGUCUGCAGAUUUAUUGGCUGUGGAAGAAAUGAAAAAUUUAAUUAUGUGGUCAUGCAACUUCAGGGCCGAAAUCUUGCAGAUCUCAGAAGAAGUCAGCCUCGAGGGACCUUCACACUGAGCACAACGCUACGAUUAGGCAAACAGAUUCUGGAGUCAAUAGAAGCCAUUCACUCUGUGGGAUUCCUGCAUCGUGACAUCAAGCCUUCCAAUUUUGCCAUGGGCCGGUUACCUUCAACAUACAGGAAAUGCUACAUGUUAGACUUCGGCCUGGCCCGUCAGUAUACCAACACCACUGGUGAAGUCAGGCCGCCUCGCAACGUUGCUGGUUUUCGAGGAACGGUCCGUUACGCUUCAGUGAAUGCACAUAAAAACCGAGAGAUGGGUAGACAUGAUGACCUGUGGUCCCUCUUCUACAUGUUGGUGGAGUUUGCAGUUGGUCAGCUUCCAUGGAGAAAGAUCAAAGAUAAGGAGCAAGUUGGCAUGAUAAAAGAAAAGUAUGAACAUCGAAUGCUAUUAAAACACAUGCCUUCAGAGUUCCACCUUUUUCUGGAUCAUAUUGCAAGCCUAGACUACUUCACUAAGCCAGACUAUCAGCUAAUCAUGUCCGUGUUUGAGAACAGUAUGAAAGAAAGAGGCAUCACUGAAAAUGAAGCUUUUGACUGGGAGAAGGCUGGUACAGAUAUCUUGUUGUCCACUAGCACUUCUACUCCACCACAGCAAAACACCAGGCAAACAGCAGCCAUGUUUGGGGUGGUUAAUGUCACUCCAGUACCUGGAGAUCUGCUUCGUGAGAACACUGAGGAUGUCCUACAGGGUGAACAUCUGAGUGAUCAAGAGAAUGCUCCUCCCAUCCUGUCAGGCCGGCCAGCAGAAGGUCUUGGCCAAACACCAAACGCUGCUUUCAAUGAAGCUGAAGUUUGGGAAGAGACAGACGUGAAUCGCAACAAACUCAGGAUCAGCAUCAGCAAAACUCAGUGCAUGGUGGAGGAGGAGCAGAGAAAUGGUGUCUGCCCCAGCUCCCCUGUCCGAGUGCCUCCAGAGUCCCCCACCGCACAAGCACGCUCCCUAAGAUAUCGCCGUGUCAACAGCCCUGAGUCGGAACGCCUCUCUACAGCUGAUGGCAAAGCAGAUCUACAUGAAAGAAGAUCACGAAUGGAUCUGCCUGGUUCUCCGUCACGGCUUGUGUGCUCCUCCCAGCCAGCCCAGAUGCUGUCCAUUGACACUGGCCAGGCUGACCGGCAGGCAAGUGGUAGGAUGGAUGUGUCUGCUUCUGUGGAACACGAAGCCCUCAGCAAUGCUUUCCGCUCGGUGCCACUUGCAGAGGAGGAGGACUUUGAUAGCAAGGAGUGGGUUAUCAUUGAUAAGGAGACAGAGCUGAAGGACUUUCAUCCAGGUGCUGAGCCAAGCACAUCUGGCACCACAGAUGAGGAGCCUGAGGAGCUAAGACCUAUUGAAGAUGGUGAAGAGAGAAGGCGCUUGGGGGCAGAUGCAGCGGUCAGGCCGAAGACUCAUGAUGGGCGAAGUCGGGGUAUGCAGCCUGUGACUGAGGAGGACAGUUCCCACAGACACGAAGGACCUUCUCAAACAGUAUCUGACAGUAAACAUGAACAGCAGGCAGGAAGUCCAGCCCACUCCCCCCUACACUCAGCACCAGCUAUCCGACAAAGGAGACGAGAAUCUGAACCUACUGGUCCUCAGAGACAGGCAUAUACACUGAAGUCAUUUGAAAUGAAUGGUCUGCCCAAGGCGGUGCCUUUAAGUUUGCCUUAUCAAGACUUCAGAAAAGACAUGUUAGACUACUGGGAAAAGGCUAAGGUAUCCCAGCGGAUAAAGAGAGUUGAUUUCUCAAAUGUUGUCUUGACUGCUCCUUGCCAACCCCUGGAACCUUACCUGGAAAUGAAUGGAAAAGAGGAGGAGGAAGAAGACGAGGAAGAAGAUGAAGAUGAGGAAGAAGAUGAAGAGGAUGUGGAGGAGGAAGGGGAUGAAAUUGAUAUGCAUAGUGGUUCCAGCAGUGACCUGAGUCAGAAAAGCACAGAGCGUAGCCAGGAGUGCGCACCAUCCACCCUCCUGGCUGAUGACCAGAAGGGAUCCAAGGGUCGAGCUUCCAUGGCUGAUGGGGACUUGGAACUGGAAGAAGGCUCAAAAACACUGGUGCUGUUUUCACCAGGUGAUCUGAAAAAAUCUCCAGUGACCACAGACUUGCCUCCAGAAGUUGAUCUGGGGACUCUUGCUGCACUGACACCUCAGAGUGAACGGCCACAGCCGAUGGGUAGCCAGCUAGAUGUGUCUGAGCCAGGGACCCUGUCCUCAGUCCUUAAAUCUGAACCAAAGCCUCCCGUGGCAGUGGCUACAGCUUCCUCCCCAUUUACCAAAGUUGAGCGCACAUUUGUUCAUAUAGCUGAAAAGACCCACUUAAAUGUCAUGUCUUCCAGUGGCCAGCUGAUGAGGCAUGAGGAAUACUGCCCUCCGGGCCAGUUUGAAGAGGUCAUUAUUGAAGAGGAGCUGGAAGACAACCUGGUGUUGGUGGAGAAUGGAAGCAUCCAUUCAGGGCUGGAAGGGGCAGAGACAGAGAGCUGUGCACUUUCUGCUAAUCCCAUUGAAACCACCUCAGAAACGGUGGGGGAGCAGCUGUCUGUUCCCAAUGUAGCAAAGCCUCCUGAGGACAAGGCAGAGUCCUCUGACAAUGUGGCACUCUCACUGGAUUUGGAAGAGUCUGCCAAGGUGGUCACAAGGGAGCCUGACCUUGAGAAGCCAGCGUCAGUAGCAGAACACCUGAAGCCAGCGGAGACCCUCCUUGAUGCUCCGCAGCAGGGCCCCAGGAGACCUCUGGGCUCCAGGUAUAGAAGUCGGAUCCCCAUUUUAUUCUCUGAGGAGGACACUGGCUCCGAUCUUUCAACUUCACUCUCAGCCAAAGAGAGGCUUUAUAAGAGGGCAAAGCAACCUGACCUGGCUCGUUUAGUGAUGGAGAAGAGGCAAAACUGCCUCCUUAGGCUGGCCUCGGGGGCCUCCUCCUCAGCGUCCUCCAGUGACGAGAGGCGGCGGGCCUCAGAAACCCUGUCAGCCACUGGUUCUGAGGAGGACACCCACGACUCUGAUGACUCCAUCCCAAGAAAGGCAGGGAAGAAUGCUGCCCUCCUGCGGAGAGAUGAGAAACUCAUAAGCACAAAGAGCAGAAUUCCUCGGCCCAUCACGCCAGUGAAAACAACGCUAGAAACAAUGAAGUCUGAGAGCUCCACAGCCGCUGUGAUGGCAGUGCUAUCUAGCUCCCCACAGGAUGCAGCUGUAGCCUACAGGCUCCAGGCACAGAGACCAGCUGGAAAUGUCCCAAACGACUGCCGAACGACGCAGAUACAAAGUCGGCUUCCUCCUUCACCAAGUUCCACUUCUCUUCCUCCACGGAGCAGCUCGCAGAGGCCCAGCUGUGCAUCCCCUCGAAGCCCUGUCCUUCCUUCCAAAACCCCCAGUGCUUCCCCCAGAAGCCAGUUGCUGCCUCGGAGGGAAAGUCCUUCUCCCUGCCGGCAGCAUAAGCCAGGGACUGCUCUCCAGCGAGUUCCACCUUCCCCCCGACCUCAGCCUCAGGCUCAGGCCCCGGGGCCGACAGGAGACUCCCUGCCCUCUCCUGGUAUGGCCAAAAAACGGCAAAGAGGAAAAACCCAGACUCAGAGUCCAGCAACCAAAGGAAAGCAGGUCUCCCUGGAAAGUAAGGCAGCUGCCAGAUAAUGAUCUUCUUCUGCCAACCCAACAGACUGGGUAACUUCUGCAUAUAGUAUACACUUGAGAUGCUGCAGCACAGCCUUUCAUGCCGGAACCAUGAGUGUAUAGCAGUAGCUGUACUUCAAUGCUUCACUCACUCUCACCCCACACCGUUGUGAUCAGCUCCCACAGGCCUGAGAGCCUCUGAGCCAUGGAGCCUUCUUCGAGGGAAACAUCCAGUCCGCAGCUCACGCUUGCUAAUGCACAGCACCAAGCAGCGACCCUGGCAGCCUGCCUAGUGCCUGACCCCCCCACUCCCCAGGCAUUCCCCUCUCUCUGUUGGCAAUAGCAGUCGCCAAUACUGACCCUGGCUUUGGAAAGAGGAGCAGAGGUGAUGAGAGCCUGCUGGGGAGGAAGGCUCCUGUCCUGCAGGCAGCCCCUGCUCUCUCUUUGCUGGGAAAACACCAGCCCUGGCUACCAGUGGCCAAGAGUUGGCUCCCCUCCUGCCACUUGUGUUAGUGAGGGCUUGUCACUAGCCCAGUCCAGGGUGAUGGGUGUGUUGUUGUGUGCUGAGAGAGGGGCAGGAGAGGGCUGGAGGGGCUUUGCUCUCCUUUUUCCACACGGGCAUCUGCAGGCAGGAGUGGGGCACAGGCAGCUCUUGUAGAUGCUCCUGCCUGCUCCAGGGUGUCCUGCAGAGGAGGCAGUCUGUUUCAGCAGCUGCCUGUGGGGCAGGUAUUGAGGUGGAAGUAGGGAUGUAUAGGCAGCUUGCUGGGAAAUCUAGAGCACUAGCAAACUGAUAUGGAAGGGAGCACUCUGCAGCCGCUUCUGUCUCAGAUACCGAUCUGUGACCUGUGGAGACCACAUCUUCCAACACGGGUGGUUCCUCUCAGCCUGAGCAUGGUUGGUGCCACGGUUCUGUAGCCCACCAAACACAGCUCCAUCCUGAAGAUGUGAAUAGUCACUGGAUGCCUUCAGCUCGGGUGCCCCCUGCACCUAGAUUCCUCAUGCUUUAUUGUCACACUCUUGGUGUUUGUGAAUUGUGGCACUGUCAUUGAAGGUUCCCCUACACAGCAGUGUGGGAAAUAAUUAUCCUGUAGUAUAGUCAAAAGCUGCUGCUUUGCAAGGAGAGUUUUGCUGGUACACCAUGGGUAUCCUGUAUGUUUCUCAUGGGGAGAUGGGGUUUAUGUCUUUCUCAGUGCUCAGCUCUUCCAUACAUUGCGUGACAACCAACAAUGUGAACACAAAAGCAAGGGCUGUGCUCUUAAAUAAUAUUACCAGAAUGUAAGCUUAGCUCUCACUUAGAACUGCACACCAACUUUUUAGCUCCCCGACUAAUUAGGAUGGUUUGAAAAUUCAAGCCAGGAGGAUUGAUAACUGUCCGAGCCUGAUAAGAUCUUGAAAUGGUCACAAAUUCUUGCCUGCAUUGCACAGGGGGAAACAGUCUAGACCCAAAUCCUUGGGGCUUCAUGCCAUUCUCACACCUAAAAGAAGUUUUGCAUAAGGCAGGACAAAACCGUGGCUGCUCUACCUGCCCAUUCCUGCAGCUGCAACUAGCAGCUUCAGAAAAGAUUUGCAGACAAAAAAGCUUGAUGGAAGAAUCUGUAUGGUAAUAACCGUGAUUCAUUGGAAUGUAUUUACAGUCACAUUCAUGGUCAUCCAGUCCACAGAAUCCCGAGGUUCUUUUCCAGAAUGGUUCUGCAGGAACGUGCAUGAGAGCUGUGACGGAGUGGCUGGGAGAACAGGACGCUCCUGGGACAUCUGAACAGGGAAAUAUCUAGAAACAAGUGAUGGGAAUUACCUCUUUACACAACAGUUUCAGUGUUGACAAUGCUAGGAAUUCAUUUAAUAUAGCUCAAAAUGUUUGGUGUUUUCCUUAAAAGUCGUUCACCCUUGUAGAGUAAGAAGCAGAGCUUCUAGUCUGAGAGCACAUCCCAGCUCUCAUCUUUGCAAAGGGGCACUGGGAAUUCCACUCUCAGGCUGUGGUUUGAGGGACUGAGGUGACUUUGCCACUGAUGGCAGUGGUCCCUCCAAGUUGUGGCCGCCUUGUUGCACUGUGCCCCCCUUUACCCUAGGGCAGCUGUCUGGUGAGGUGGCUGAAGAUGGGGAUCCAGUGUGACAACAAGUGCUCUGGUUUGCUGGGUUAGUUUCCAUCUGUUCAUCCGUCAGGUUCAGCAUUUGGUCACACAAAUGCUUCUGCCAAAAGUGGAGGAAGGAGCAGACAGUGAGUUCAACCACUUCUUCUGGGGGCACGAUGAUUUCAUGUGAGUUUGGAGUGCCGGUCCAGCUGCAGCCUAAAUAUGCCCUGAGAGUUUUGACACUAGAAAACAGAAUAAACCCAAACAUGCAGAUUCUUUCUGAAAAUAUAAACGAUAAUGGCGCUCCUAUUAGUUUGUCAGCAGACUGUUCAUUUUAGAGUGCUUAGAUAAUAAGAUUUUGACAGCGAAGCCAUUAACAGAUGCUCCAUCCAGGUCUUACACGCGCAUACCAAAAAGGCAUCGAAGGAGAUGGAAACCAGUGCUACAGAGAUAUUUACAGGAUUAGCAAAACUGCCUCGUCAUGGGUGGCCAGUGAAGCACAAUUAUUGUAUUUGUUCAAGAGAAAGUUUAGAUUAGAAUUGUCCAUGGCCCAGCUGUACCAUGUCAAGAAGGAAGCAGAAAGAAGAAUGCCGGUGAAUGAUUUCCAGUAUGGAAGACAGCAGCCUGUCCCCAUGUUGUUUGAUAGGGCUGGGCUGAUGCUGCAGCUGGAUCUGCAGUACUACGUGCGUCAUCUCUCCUGAGUCAUCAGGUCCAGCGGCAUUGAGAGAUGUCUGACUGCAGCAGGGCCGAGAGCCGGAGCAGGAGCUGCUGGCUGCUGCCACUGACGGGUUCCCAAAGUUGUUCAUGCAGGGCCUGGCUGUCCCCGUGUGUCCCACAGGUUUGGAGCUCCACACCUGUUCCCCUUCCCAGUGGCAAGUGAUGCUGUGAUGUUACAGGUGAAGUGUUUCACAUUGCCUCUUACAGUCCUUCACUGAGAUUAUUUUUUACAGGAGCUUCAGUGCUGGGCUCUUUCAGUCAAGUGAUUAAAAUAAUUUGCUCAUUUGCUAAAUUUGGCAGUGCAAAGAGUCAGUCUUCACGCAAGCACUGCUCAGCAACCACUAAAUGUCAGUGUGUUACCAACAUUAUUCUCACCCAAAUCCAAAACACAACACCACUACAAAGUUCCCUUCCUCUCGUCCUCUUCUCUGCCCCACGGGCCAGGAGGGCACCUGCCACAGUUGGGUCAAACAGAGCAGAUCAUGUUUGGGGGGUCUGUUUUGUUACAGCAGAUGGCUGAUACAGGACGAUGUGCAAAGGGGUGGGUCUGAAGGACAGUUCUCAGUGCCAAGCCAGUGUGACAGUGAGUUGUAUGAGCAAAAAGAGUGCUGGGGACAGCCAAGAGAGUGCCAUGGGAGGAUACGGACACGUGGCUGGAGACACAGAGCUGGCUUUGGUUGGCAGCACAGACCCUGGCUUGUCUUGGUGCACAAGGUGUUUCGGUCAUAGACAUUUCUGGGUCGUGCUUGGGAUUUGUGAGGCAGGACACCUAGCUUGUCCUUUCUAAGUAGAGAGUAUUACUAUAUAUAUAUAUAUAUAUUAAAAAUUAUAAGAAUAUAAUAUAAGUAGUGCCCGUUAUAUAUUGUGGCUAAAGGUUGAUAAGGAUCCUGUGGCCUUCAGAGAGGCGCUGUGAUGCUGUGUGCCCCCGCUGUGGCUGCGGGUGGAGGAGCAGGGUACCACCACUGAAGCACAUGGGAGCUGUGAGGCUCUGGUCACCGGGGGCCAACACACAGUGGUCACAACCAUGUUUGUGUGGCAUGGAUCUGGGUCUGGGGCCUGGGUGGUGGCCCUUCACUAACACAAGUGUGGUUUUGUUGGGGCAAGAAUGUCCUUGGUGUUCCUCGUUUCCAACAUAGAGCUAUUUUCUCGGUGUAGAUCUCUGUAAGAAGAUGGCUCCACAUCUGCUUACAGCCUGAGCAGCUCCAGCAGUAGUUCGAUGGCCCCUUAGCACACUUCUUUCUUCCCUGUACAGAUUACUGCCCCAUGGCAUGAUCCCACCACUAUCCCACGUUCACAGACACGGAUGUCCACCUGAGGCGUUGCUCCACACAUCCACAAACUGCAGUCAAAUGAAUCUUGUGAACACAAUAAAAGUCCCUUUGUGGAUCUGAUGAGUUUGGUUUUCAACGAGCUUCUUCUGGCUUAACUGCAACAUGCCCUUGCUCCAUCUUCUGCAUUCACAAAGCACGCGGAGACCACCUGGGCACCUGCAACCACCUGUGAUAGCGUCUGUUUCCCAACAGCUGCACGCAAGGGGAGAGCUUGGGUUCCUGCUCAGGUCCUUUCCUCCUUUUCUGUGUGCUGUGCCACCAACAGCAGGGUGGGUGCCCAUGGGCACUCUGCUUGCUGGCUCCAGGGUCCUCUGCAGAACCCCAAAUGGCUUUUUGCUCUCCCUCAGCCUCUUGCUGACCACUGAAGGGCUGGGUCCGUGCUGGUAGGAAAGCAGAGCCAGCUGACAUUCAGAUAAGUUGGCAGCGUCUCCGUGAGCUUUGGGCAUUGCAUCUUUGUGAGACCAGAGAAUAGCCCUGGCUGUAGGCUGCGGUGAGCUGUGGUCCCAGGCACAGCCAGGACACCAGGGAAUGGCGGCGAUUUGCACACUGCAGCUCUACCAUCCCCUCAUUUGCAACUUCUCUCCUCUAGCAAACCUGGUCUGCAGUCACUCUUUGUCCCCUGCAGGUCAGUCCCUCCCUGGCUGGGGCUUUGUAGCCCUCCUGGAUGUCUGCAAAGCUUGAGGAACACCCGGCUCCCCACCUGCACCACGCAGGCUGCUGCUCUGGGAUAUGAGGAGCAUUACCCCUUCUAUUUCUGGAGCUGCAAAUGUCUGCAAAGCAGGUUUAAGGCAUGCAGUGUUGCCCCCUGUGCUAAAAGGAGGAAGGGAGCUACCACAGCAGAUCAACAAGUGCGUUCCUGACAAGGACCGAGGUGCGAGCACAUCCUCCCUGAACCAGAGCAGGCUGCAGGGCUGAGAUCCUGGCUUGCCUCACCUCUGCCCCAGCUGCAAGGAGGAAGCAGGGCUGGUGGCACUCGGGGACACGGCUGCCAAGGCAGAGGCUCCAAGACCGGCAUCUGCAGGUGAUGUGAAGAGCUCUGCAGGACACAGGGUUAGGUGUCUGUGUACAGGUGUCCACAUUUAAAACCAGCCCACGCGUGAGAACCAGUGUCAGGGACACUGCUGUCCUGUGCGACCUGGGCUGCUGCUUCUCCGGACAGGAAUUGGAGCUGAAAACGCAGAUAAUUUUGUAAAUCUCCUUUUAACACAUUAGCAUGGGACUCUCCACUCAGACAUCACAGCUGGUGCACCGACGCUGUUUUCCUUUGCCUCCGACACAGUUCGACAAAGUCUUUUGGCCUGGAGACAGGACUCUUGCUCCUUGGUCUGGGAAUGUGACUGGGCCCCAAGGCUGAAUCUCUCUACAUAUCUCCUUUGCAUUCUUUAGGAAAGCAGCUCGAGAAUGUUUACACACUGCAGACAGAAUGUACAACUCUGACCAGGAACCACAAUCCGGUUCAGCUGCAUGGCAAAUUUCUUGGCCAUCGAAUCUGGCAUGCAUCACAGAGGCCCCGUCUGUGUACAGCUCCACCUGGCAUUGCUCAUCCCUUCAGAUCACGUCUUAAAAAGAAUAUACGAUGAUGCCAUUUCUUGUUCAUACCAGACACAGCUGUCAUUAGAUUUGUUAUUAACGGGGAUUCUUGAUCAUGCCAUUAAAAGCCUGUCUACCUUUUCA